AUGUUCAUCAGCGUACACGCUCCUGUUGCUGACUUCUUAACGGGGAUAACCGACGCACACGCUGACGUCAGGAAACACGCCAAUGUCGAAGAAAUACAACCAAAAAUAAUCGAAAUUGAUGCUAAAGAUAACUUUAAUCAGGUUCCGGACACAUGUGACAAACCAACUCUGGAAAUGAAGCAACUGAAAACGUUGGACACGACCGACCCAACUCGGGCCAAGCUGCACAGGACUCCGACGUUUAGUCACACCGAACAUUUCAUCUUAGAAGCGCGUAACGAUUUCCACGAGUCGUCUUUCAAGUCUGAUAAAAUUGACGGCAUGAUGAGGUACAAUCCAGCCACAGAAAACUGGACCGAACCUGCGCUUCUCGUUCAUAAGGCUCAACGAGACACAGAAGAAGCCCUGCGCAGCGACCUGGCUGCCAUCACCGUCAAGUGUCGUCGCCUGGAGGAGGAAGUUCGGGAGUCGCGCGCUGGGUCAUCUGAGCGCGGCGUGCAGGUGGCGGAGCUGUCCAGGCAGCUGGACGCCCACCGUCAGGAGCACGCGAGGCAGGCGGCCACCAUCAUCUCCCUCAGGAGUCGUCUGCAGGAAGCCGAGGACGCGAUGGCUAGUCUGCAGGCGAGUCUGCAUCGCGCUGAGCUCAGCGCUGCAGCGCUCACCCGCGACAACCGCAGACACGCGCAGAGGAUUGCAGAGCUCGAGGACAGACUCAGGGUGCAGCUGGAGGAGCGUGAGGGAGCUGAGCAGCGAGGGGAGGCGAGUCAAAAGAGGCUGGGGGAGCUCGUAGCGUCCCUCACUUCCUUGCUGGGCAUCCCCAAGGCGUCGACCACCACGCCUCUCCUCUCUGACGCCAUCGUCAGCAGACUCACCGACCUCCUCAAGGAGUUAGGCGUCCUGCGUGUGGGCAAGGCGGAGCUGGAGGAGUCACUGCAGCAGCAGGCGGCAGCAGCUGAGGGCGCCCGACAGACGGUCACAAGACUCCUGCAGCAGCUUGACGACGAGAGACGUAGUCUGAUCUGCGUCAGGGACGAGCGAGAGGUUCUCAGGAAGAGUGAAGACGAGCUGCGCCUGCGCAUGAGAGGCAGCGAAGAAGAGGUCGUCAGUCUGCGUGAGCGCGUGCACAGCACCAGCAGCAGCCUCAGCCGCACUCUGGAGGACCUGCACGCUACUGAGGCUAAACUGCAUCAGGCUAGAGACGAGUGCGUUGUGGUGGAACACCGUCGACAGCAGGCGGAGGUGGAGUGGAAGGGAGUCCUGAACACCAUAGCCUCCUUGCUCUCCACCAGCACCACCACCGCUGCUGAGGGCGCAAGGGUGGCACCAGCUCCUGACGACAUCGUGCAGGCGCUGCAGACGAGGGUGGCGACAGCGAGGGAGAUGUUCGAGGCGAACGAGCGGCUGAAGCACCGAGCAGCGAACCUAGAGGACCAGGUGAGUGUGCAGACGGAGCUCUACGAAGCCGCCUGCAGGCGGGCGCACAAGGCGGAAGAGGACAACAGGACGCUGCAGGCGAGAGUGAGGACCCUAGAGGCCGACCUCGGGGCGUCGGAGCAGGCGAGGGAAGAGUGUGCUACAGGCAACGAAAAGAACGGGCGUUUGCUGAGCCGCGUGAUGACAGCGCUCGGUCUUGAAGGCCUCGAGAACGAGGCUCGGUUUGAUGCAGACCUCAUCGUGUGCCGCGCGCAGCAGCUUGCCAAGCUCGAGGGCGACAAAAUAGUGGACAAAACAACGACAGUGUACCAGCUGCAGCGGAAGGUGAAAAGUCUCCGUGAAGCGGUAGACAGGAAGGAGCUUCACCUCGACAUGCUCAGGAGGAAGUUAGCGCUCAACGAGGAGGCCACAAAGGCGGCCAAGAGCGUGGAGGACGAGAAGGAAGACCUCUUGGUCAGGUGA